AUGCUUAAGAAAUAAACUGAUUAAAGAACUGUUAAUAAUGUUCUAGGAUAAAAAUAUAAAUACUCUUAGAUUGUCUCUGUUUGUGGUGAUCAAAUUGUCUCAAAUGAAGAGGAUUGUAAUGAUGGUAAUUUACAACUAAAUCAUGGUUGUUUUAAUUGCUAGUAUUCUUGUCCAUAAAAUUGUUUUGAUUGCUAUUAAGGUAUUUGUUUAGAAUGCUUACCCCAAUAUGAAUUGCUAAUCUCAAAUCGAUGCAAAUAAUUAAUAAAAUGUGGAGAUGGAAAACUUUAGGAAUAAGAAGAAUGUGAUGAUGGAAAUCAUUAUCCAGUGGAUGGAUGUAUAAAUUGUUUAAUUGAAUAAAAUUGGAUAUGCAUAACAAUGAUAAGAGAUUCUACUAGCUAAUGCACAUAUCUCAAAGCUCCAAACUUCAAUUUAUAUUAUCUUAAUAUGCAUUAUAAUAAAUAGUAAAUAAGUAUCUAAUUUGAUUAAAGAGUGAAAAUAUAAACAGCUUAACCCUUAUCAGAAAAAUAUAUCAGUAGAAUUAAACUCUUAUCUAAAAUUAUAUUAUCUAAAUGUGGAAAACUUGAAUUUUAAAAAUAUGAAUAAUAAUUUGAAAACGAUGUUUUAUCUUUUCGACAUUUAAAAAAUUUGAAAUAAUCAUUAUUAAGGUAAAACUUCAGAUCAUUAUUUUUUUAAGGAUAUUAAUGA